AUGAGAGAAUCAAACUGUCACAUUUUACUUAUCUUUGAUGGUACCCCCUCAUAUGUUACUGGUUUCCUCAAUUUGACUAAUGUAAAAGUACUUAUGUUACCUCCACAUGCAACAUCAAAAAUCCAACUCAUGGAUGCCAGUAUAAUUGCAUCAUUUAAACUUCAUUAUCAUCAUUUACAACUUCAACAUGCAAUUGAUCGUGAUGAAGAUAGGAAGAAAGAUAUAUAUAAAGUCGAUCAAUUGCAGGCUAUGAAAUGGACAAAGAUUGCCUGGAAUAAAGUAUCUCCUGAAACAAUUAGGAGAUUAUUGAUGAUGUGGAAGAAAACCUACCUCCUUGAUCCAAAUAAUGAAUUAACAGUCAAAGAACUUCAGCAGCAAAUAGACAUAUUAUCUGUUCAGAAUCCACUAUCAAUUGAAGAUUUACUAAACCUUAAAGAAGAACGAGAAGCAUACUACCAGUUUACCGAUGAAGAUCUAAUCCAAGCUGUGAUGGAAGUCGAACCAGUAGAAGAGGAAUUCGUAAUGCCAACCUUAACUGGAGAAGAGCAAUUGAAUAUUUUGCGUAGUGCCUUGAGAAUCGUGAAUGAAAGAAUCGAUGAUGGUGGUAUAACAAUGAAAUCCUUACACAAACUACAAUCCUGUAUUCGAGAAGAG